UAAAUUAUAGCUGUAUGUAUUUGAAUGGCAUGCAUAGAUGUGUGCUGAAGUGGCACACAUACGGCUCACUCGCUCACGCAGCCGGCAACGGGACGGGAAAAGGACGGAGAGAGAGAGCACACGUAGCGGAGCCUCUGUGCAUGUGUGUGGCUGUAUGUUGCCUGCUGUGGGAAAGUCCACAGUUUUGUUGUUGGCACAAGGAGACGCGGUUCGGGCUUCUUUUUUUCACUGUACAUACAUAUCUUUUCUUUUUUUGGUUGGGUUUUCUCACAAUCUCGCAUAGAAACAAACACUGCCGUUGAAGUAAAAACUGUACAUUGUUGUAUUAACGAACUGGUUGUAACACUGGGUCCCGGGGCGCGUGGUCCGAAGAUUUCGUCGUGAUCCGUGGUGACGCUGACGGCGGCGAUUGCGUUGGCGUUGGUGGCGGAGAGCAAGAACGGAGGAUCGGUAUCCGCGUCUCGGCGUCGGUCUCUCGCACUCUCUGCGAUCCUGACGAUUUCUCGGGUAUCUUUUCGCGGGUCGCGGGUGUUUUGGGGUAGGGAGCUUCGUCGCUCUAGGAAAUCAGUGGAAGGGGUGCUCGCAGCGUGUGUAUUCUGUGAUAGUCGUUACUUUUGAAGAUUAGUGGAUAGAAAGAAGGUCGAGAUGAAUUUUUCACCUUUCGGUGUGGGAGUGCCGUUAUCGGCAGCGAUGCCGGUGACGACGCAGUUCACGACGGGGAAGAUCGCGCAGAACGUGACGGCCGCCAACGGGCAAGUCGUUGGGGUCCUGCAGGGAGGCGAGAACGGUGUCCACUACAUCCGACCGUUGGAGACGUCGGCAUUCGCGCAGGCCGCUUCGCCCACACCCAACCAGGGCCAGACGCAGACCCUGAUCACGCUGCCCAUCACAAUGCCAGGCGCGAAGCCCGGCGAUCCCCAGCAGACUGUACAGAUUCAGGUGGUCAAUUCGGCGCCGAUCACCACGAUGACGCCGACCACCUCGGCCAACUCGCCCAAAUACCAGAUCUCGCAAAUACCGAUUCAGACGUUCGGCCAAGGUGCCACAGUACUUACCGUCGCCUACAACUCAAACCAGGAGGGUAUACAAAUCGUCGACGGUCAAAAUGGGAUACCUGAAGGUAUGACUGUGGUUGCAGCGCUCCAACCUCAAGACAUCCAGAUGUUGCAGCAACAACAGCAACACCAGCAUCAGCAAGCUCAGUUGGAAGCUGCACCGACGAAUAACGCCGCCGGCGACAAGGAAUCCAAAGAUAUCACCAUCUCCCCUGUGUCAAUUAUCAAGACGGAGAACCCCGGCGACAAGUCCGACUAUAUACAGACAGCCACCGUGCAAGAAUACCUGCAGCGCAUUCAAACCCACACGUUGCCGCUGAGUUUGCAGCAAUUCCUCAAGUUCAAUACGGACGUCAAGCGCGAGACCAUAAUCAAUGAGGAUGGCGUCAUGGAGGGUGUCGUGGAAAGCCAAGAGGGCGUCGAGCAGGAUCAUGAGCAGCAUCUGAUAAUGAACGACUACGCCGAACCAAGCAUGGAAACGGAAGAGGUUGUGGACGAUCCCGAAAAAACGAAGAAAAAGAAAAAGUACAAAAAGAAACCGCCAAAGCCAAAGACGCCCAAGCCCGGACAGGUUCACAUUGCGACAGCCCUCGACGGGACGAUGCUGUUCUGCUGUCCCGAGUGUCACAUGGCCUAUCCGGAGAAGGAGCUGCUAGAGCAGCAUCUUGUUGGACACAAGAUCGAGAGGCGCUUCAUCUGUGGUAUCUGCGGUGCCGGUCUCAAGCGCAAGGAGCACCUGGAGCGACACAAGCUCGGCCACAACCCGGAGCGACCGUUCGUCUGUUCCGUCUGUUCGAAAGGCUUCAAACGCAAAGAGCACCUGAACCUCCACUUCGUGAUACACUCCGGCGAGAAGACGGAGAUCUGCGGCGAGUGCGGGAAAGGUUUCUACAGGAAAGACCAUUUGCGGAAACACACGCGAUCACACAUGACGCGCCGGGUAAAAGAGCAGGCGCAAGGCAGUGUGAUCGGCAAGGACGGCACAGCCCAAGUCACGAUUCAGGUGCCCACAUCUCAAACGCCGAUACAGAUUCCCGUUCAAAUACAGGUGCCGCAGCACCACAUCCAGGUCACCACGAAUACGGAUGAAGACGGUCAAGUAAGUACCGUCGUUUUACCUACAGCCUCGGAGGGCAUCACCAUCAUACCGAACUGACGAGUUCGAAGCGGCGCGCCGGGGUCGCACCGAAAAGACAUUAAGCUAGGCAUCAAAAAGAGAUUUUUAACACUAUACAGACAGAGCGCUCACGCUGACGAGACGGGGGACAGGAUUUAAUUUGUAGUUUAUAAAAUAAAAGAAAUAUAUAAGAAAAGUAUACAAUGGAUUAGGGAACGUGGACUUAACUUAAAACAUAUAUAUAUAUAUAUAUAUAUAUAUAGCGACAACACCACCACCACCACGAGGCCAAAAAGAAAAAGGUGCGCGAUU